AUGGCCGUGGGCCUUGGGGACCAUGCCAGCGGGUUCCGCCACAACGAGGUGAUCAGAUUCAUCAACAAUGAAGUCCUCAUGAACGGGGGAGGCCCCGAUUUCUACGUGGCCUUCUGCUCGCGGUCCUGGAAUGAGGUAGAGGAUCGGCUGCGCGUCGUCGUCGCUGACCCGCAGGUGCCGUGCGCCAUCAAGAGGGCCUGUGCCUGGAGCGCGCUGGCCUUGAGCGUGCGUGUGGGCGCGAGGCAGCGGGAGCAGCAGGCGUUCCGGGUUCAGUGGCUGCAGGAGCAGGUAGGGGAACGCGAGGCGGCUUCCUGGGCCCUCUGAGCUGCGGCGCCUGCGCGAGGAGCGCGAGGAGUGGUCACGUAGCUGCGCCUCACGCGGGCCGCCUUGCAGCAGGCGCUGAAACAGCGCGAUGUGCUUUGUGGGCGGCUGCUCCUGGUCGAGAGGUCGGCACAGGUCACCCCACUGGCCCAAGAGUUGCUGCCUGGGCCUCGAGCCGAACAACUUGGGGCUGCAGAGUGGCCCAUGAGCGUAGAGCAGCAGAGAGAUGUGGUAGCCAUGGGGGAGCAUGACAGGCUGUAUUUCAAGAGCCAGAUGCCAGCCCCGACAGAUGUCCUUUAUGUGCCGGGACCCCCGAGUCCUUGGGCCCAGGCCGUGCAACCCCCUCUGCCAGUGCCGAUACCAUACCCAUUUCCAUUCCAUGCACCAUUCCCGAUGGGAUUCCCAUUCUUGCCACCUGUACCACCAGCAGUAGCCGUAGAAACAGAAGCUGGAGUCGUCCCAUUUCAGGUGCCUCCUCUGGGCAUCUCUCCACCUGGCCCGUGGGCUGCAGUGGUCUUUCAGGGGGAGAUGGCCCCACUGUGGAACCAGAGGAGCUACAGCCAGGGGGAAGGUCCUGAGAUCCUGCAGGGUACAGUCCCCUAAGGGGAUAUCAGGAGUCUUAACCAGGAAGAAGGUCCAGAGAGGUCUGAGGGAAUGAUCCCUCUUGGGGAUAGUUGGAGCCACAGCCAGGAAAAAGGCCUAGAGAGACCCCAGGGGAUGGUCCACUUGAGGGAUAGCUGGAGUCUCAACCAAGAAGCAGGUCCAGAGAGCCCCCAGGGGAUGGUCUCCCUGGGGGCCAAUGGGAGCUACAGCCAGGAAGAAGUUCCCAAAAGAUCCCAGGGGAAUGUUCCCCGGGGGGACAACAGAAGCCAGAGCCAGGAGGGAGACCUAGAGAGGUCCCCGAGGACCAUCCCCCUGGGGAACAGCAGAAGUCACAGGCAAGACGAUCCAGAGAGGCCCCAGGGGACUGACCCCCUGGGGGUCAGCAGAAGCCAGAGCCGGGAAGGAGGUCCACAAGGGCCCCAGGGGAUGCCCCCACCGCUGUUCAACAGGAGACAUGGCCAGGAAGGAGGUCCAGAGAGGCCUCAGGCAACCGCCCAGGGGGACAGCUGGAGCCCUAGUGGGAGAGAAAACCCAAAGAAACAACAACCUCAGGGGCAGAAGACCAAGCGGCCAGAAGGGAAAAAAGCCUCAGAAUCACACCACCAGGAGAAGUCUGCCUCAGGCUGCAGUUCAGUGAAUUGGGAGUGCCCUUGGUGUAAAGCAAUGAAUUUUCCAUGGCACAAGGCUUGCUAUGAAUGCAAGAAAGUCUGCAUGGCGGUUGAGAGUGGAGGCCCCGACCCAGGACAAACCCACUGA